UGAGUGGGCUCCUCUUUUAUACGUCGGCAAAGAGCAUAAUUUUUCAAAACCGAAUGGGGCCAUCAGACUUUGAUGAUUCUCCACGUUAUCUUCGCAUAUCAACCUUUUCCAUUAAUAUCAACGUACAGAUUUGUUCAUCUCUCAAAAUUACAAUAUAACACACUAAUCUGCAAGACGUUGAACGCUUCCUUGGUGGUUGAGCGAUUUCACGGCUAAAUAAACCUCUCUUUCUCUCUCGAUCGGCGGUUGAGUGCAUAAUGCUAAUCGGAAUGCCAUCCAAUAUUCUCCGGCUCUUGGCUUUUCUGUUAUUGCAGUCAUGCAUGCUUCAGCUGGCAGCUUCCCAAUCUUCCGGCAACUUCACCGAUCAAUCAGCUCUUAUUGCCUUCAAAUCUAAACUCUCCGGUCCAAAUGAAACUGCCUUGGCCGGUAACUGGUCCGCGACGGCCAACUUCUGCGAUUGGAUUGGUGUCUCAUGCAGCCGGCGCAGGCGAAGAGUCACCGGUUUCAACCUUUCCUUUCUGGGUCUCCAAGGCACCAUUUCUCCUCAUAUUGGUAACCUCUCCUUCCUGGUUUAUCUUGAUCUAAGCAACAAUAGCUUCAUUGGGUCUCUGCCCCAUGAGAUCAGUCGCCUUCAUCGCUUGAGAAUACUCCGGUUGUCAUUCAACCAGUUGGAAGGUAGUAUUCCUCCAACUCUGCAGAACUGUCGGAAUCUUCGAGAAAUACAUCUUAGUAAUAACCGUCUCACCGGCGCAAUUCCGUCAAUCUUUGACAACAUGUCGUCGUUAGAGGUUAUGAAUUUGGAAUUCAACGGCCUCAUCGGUCCAUUUCCUCUUGUCAUCUUUAACAUAUCUUCUAUAACAAACAUCGGUAUCAGAGAAAAUCAAAUCUCAGGAACUCUUCCAACGGAUCUCUGCCGCCAUUGUCGUAAUCUUCAAGAGCUUUUUCUUCCGAACAACGAAUUCAGCGGUAAUCUCCCUUCGCAAACGAAUUCCUCCUGUAGAGAGCUUCUAGUCUUAGUCCUGUCGUACAAUAAAUUUGAUGGGAGAAUUCCUGAAGGUUUUGGGAGUUUGGAAAAGCUUCAAGUUCUUCAUCUCGGAGGCAACGGCUUGAUUGGUAAUAUUCCUCCUUCCAUAUUUAGUAACUUGUCGAGUUUACGUAGGUUAGCCAUUCAAGAAAACAGCAUUGAAGGAAGCAUCCCGAGUGAUUUGUCGCGUCUUCCUAAUCUCAGUUUUUUGAAUUUUGAAAUGAAUCUUCUCACUGGGGAAUUACCCCAAGACAUUUUCAACAUGUCAUCUCUACAAACAGUCUCCUUCCAGAAUAAUUCCAUUUCUGGAAAUCUUCCGGCAGAUGUUGGCUUUUCUUGUUCCAAUCUUGAAACACUUAUUAUUGGUGGAAACAAAAUCAGUGGUCGAAUCCCAUCAUCUCUUUCAAAUUGUUCCAAGCUCACCCGGAUAGAUUUUGGCACAAACCUACUCUCAGGACCAAUACCCAAAAGUCUUGGAAGCUUAAAAUACCUCCAAUGGCUUCUGAUGCCUCACAAUCAGCUAACAGGGGAGCCUGGAGAUCAGCAAUCCAAUUUCCUUUCAUCUUUAUCCAAUUGCAGAUUUUUGGAAGUACUGAGUAUAAAUUUCAAUCCCUUGGACAUUAUAAUUCCGGAUUCCAUUGCAAAUUUUUCGCUUUCCCUUCGAAUGAUUUUUGCAUUUGGAAGCCAAAUAAAGGGUAAUAUUCCUAUGGGAAUUGGUUCCUUGAAAGGCUUGGCUGCUCUGUAUUUAGGUCAGAAUAAUUUGACCGGAAAGAUACCAUCAACAAUAGGGAGAUUGGAGAAGUUGCAAAUAUUGCUUCUUGAUGAUAACAAGAUUGAAGGAUUCAUUCCAGAAGACUUAUGUCAACUAGGAAAUUUGGGGCGUUUAUUUCUCUCGAAUAACAAAAUCUCUGGAUCCAUCCCGAAUUGCAUUGGAAACCUCAAUCGUCUAGAAUUGCUAAACUUGAGUUUUAAUGGAUUGAAUUCAUCAAUACCAUUAAAUUUAUGGAGCAUAAAAAGUUUACGAGAAUUAGAUUUGUCAUCAAAUUCCCUCAGUGGAUACUUGUCUCCAAACAUGGCAGCAUCGGAUGUUAUUGAGUAUGUCGAUUUAUCUCGAAACCAAAUUACUGGAAAUAUUCCGAGCAUCAUUGGAGCUUUUGAAAGCCUACGUUAUCUUGACUUGUCAAAAAAUUCAUUUCAAGGAAACAUCCCAAAAUCCUUUGGAGAGUUGAAAGGAUUGGAUGCAUUGAACCUUUCGAGUAAUAAUCUCUCUGGUUCAAUUCCAAAGUCUCUUGAGGAACUUUUACAAUUGAAUUAUUUGAAUUUGUCUUUCAACAAACUAUCCGGAGAGAUUCCGGCCAAUGGAUCUUUUGCGAACUUCACGGCCAAAUCAUUUGUAGGUAACAAAGCACUUUGUGGAAAUCCAAUUUUUGAAGUUCCACCUUGCCCAAGUCCAAGCUCCCAAAGAUCGCGGGUGAAACAACUUGUGCUGAAAUAUAUUGUUCCUACCAUGGCAUCAUUUAUAAUCUUGAUGAUAGCAUUGGUUUAUAUCAUGUUGAGAAAACAUCGACGGCCUAACGCAGAGAUUCCAACUUCAAUUUCUACAACACCUACGGUGGAGAAUAGAAUGAUAUCAUAUCAAGAGCUUUGCCGAGGGACAAACAAUUUCUGUGAAAGCAACUUGCUUGGAACUGGAGGUUUUGCUUCUGUGUAUAAAGGAAUACUCUCUAACGGGACAAUUGUUGCAGUCAAAGUUCUAAAUUUGCAAUUAGAGGUUGCUUCCAAAAGUUUCGAUGCAGAAUGCGAGGCAUUACGAAUGAUCCGACAUAGGAAUCUUGUUAAAGUCAUAACUACAUGCUCGUUGCCCAACCUCGAGUUUCGAGCUUUGGUUAUGCAGUACAUGCCGAACGGCAGCCUUGAAAGGUGGUUAUACUCUCACAAUUACUGCUUGAAUCUUCUUCAAAGAGUAAACAUUAUGGUUGAUGUUGCGUCGGCAUUGGACUAUCUCCACUAUGGUCAAUCACAAUCUGUGGUGCAUUGUGAUUUGAAGCCUGCCAAUAUCCUUCUGGAUGAAGACAUGGUUGCACAUGUGGGUGACUUUGGAGUUGCAAAGAUUUUAGUCGAAAAUAAGGAUGCAACACAGACCAAAACUCUUGGCACAAUUGGCUAUAUUGCACCAGAGUACGGUUCAGAAGGAAAAGUGUCCAUCAAAGGCGAUGUUUAUAGCUACGGUAUAAUAUUAUUGGAGAUGAUUACAAGGAAGAAACCCACCGACGACGUGUUUGCUGAAGAACUGAAUUUGAGGCAAUGGAUAAGUAAAUCAAUUCCUAACAGCCUCAUGAACAUUGUGGAUGAGGGUUUACUAAUGAUAGAAGAAGAUGGAAGGGUCCCAUUAAUAGACGUGCAAAGUAUUCUUUUGUCCAUUGUGGAAAUAGGCUUAAAGUGUUCUGAAGCGUUACCAGAUGAACGAUUCACUAUCAAAGACGUGCUUCCCAAGCUUAUCAAAAUCCAAUUGACACUUAUUGAAAAGGGAAAGCACUCAAAUCUUGUAUAUGGGUUGUCCUCUUGAUUUCAUGAAACACUUACAAGUGGUAUGUUAUAGAUUUGUGUACACUUUUCAUGCUUGAGAAUUGAGAUGAUGGAUUAGAAUU